ACAACAAUCUUAGCUUGCAUCAACAGCAACAAUAAAUACACACUAUUGUCCCGUUGCCAUUCUAGAUUCUAGAUCUAUUAUUGACUUUAAUAUUAUCUGUACCAAUGGGAUGGAACUUUUAAUUAUCAAUCUUUGUAGUAAAAUGUAUCUCUAAUUAACAUGGAAGAGGACGUUAGAAAUAGAUCUAGGACUAGUAUACACAAGUUUUUUUAGGAAAUGCAAAUGGUCGCUAUACUCUCGGAGUCGGAGUGUAUCGAGUGACUAUCACACACAGUAGAUGUGUAUCAAGACUCUUAACAUUUCUUUGGUGAAUCGAAACUGUUUGCUUUGAUUAUUAGCCAAUAAGCAUAAUAAACAUGGGGAACAUUCUACGGCGUUGUUGGCCGAACCGAGGUAUAAAACCUUCAAUGCGCACUGUAGUGCCCAAUCAUACAGUUGAUCCUGCUAUAGAUAUUAAAAACAAACUUCAUCCUAAUUUUGGCUACAAAGAUAAUGCUAUAAAGACUACAAGAUAUACAAUAUUAACUUUUUUUCCAAAGAACUUAUUUGAACAGUUUCAUCGCUUUGCGAAUAUUUACUUCAUUUUUGUUGUGGCUUUAAAUUGGAUUCCGCAAGUCAAUGCAUUCGCCAAAGAAGUUGCAGCACUUCCUGUUUUAUUUGUUUUAGCAGUAACAGCCGCUAAGGAUGCCUUUGAAGAUUUUCGGAGAUACAGGUCAGAUAAACAAAUAAACAGUCGGACAUGCCGAAUAUUUUCAAGAUCAGAACAAAGAUACGUCAAAAUGGAAUGGUCUAAAGUUACACCAGGGGAUUUUAUUCACCUGUCUUGCAAUGAAAUUAUUCCAGCAGAUAUUUUAUUCAUUAGAUCCAGUGAUGCCCAGGGCAUAUGCCACAUUGAGACCAGUAACAUAGAUGGAGAAUCUAAUUUAAAACAAAGACAAGUAGUGGAAGGCUUGGCUCAAAUUUCAGAAACUGAAGGUCUUGUCCCGACUAUGUUUCCUUAUUCUGUUGACAUAGAGCAGCCGAAUAUUGAAAUAUAUUCAUUUCGAGGAUUUGUAAAAAUGGAGUCAGGAUCUUGUACACUCAGAAACAAUAACUUGCUUCAAAGAGGGUGUGUGAUUAGAAAUACAGAUUAUAUUGAAGGAAUGGUGGUUUAUGCUGGGGCUGAGACCAAGGCUAUGCUCAAUAAUAAAGGCCCUCGUCACAAAAUCAGUAAAUUAGAAUCCAAGAUUAACCGCGAUGUCAUAUGGUGUGUCAUACUGCUGCUGUUCCUUUGUUUCUUCUGUGCUAUAGGUAGUGGAAUUUGGUUGGACAGCUAUGACCUUAAAGAUAAUACAAACCUUGUGCCUUUUAUUUCAUUCACUGACCAAGAUCAGUACAAUCCACUCUACCAGGGAUUUAUCGUCUUCUGGACUUACAUCAUUAUCUUUCAAUCUGUCAUCCCUCUGCCGUUAUAUGUGUCAGUGGAGUUGGUCAAACUGGGUCAGAUCUAUUUUAUUAUGCAAGACAUCGAGAUGUAUGAUGCAGAGAAGGACAAACCAAUGGAGUGCAGGGCCUUGAACAUCACAGAAGAUCUCGGCCAGAUUGAGUACAUUUUCUCCGACAAGACGGGGACUCUAACGGAAAAUAGGAUGGAGUUCAAAUCAUGUACAGUGGGUGGAGUCAACUAUCAUCAUAUGCCAUAUGAAGAAAUAAGUCAGAGUGACUUUGAUAGUUACCUGUCUAUGGCUGGUCUUAGUAGAAGUAGCUCUAUAGUUGAAAACCUUCAACUAGAUCCAGCUCUAGAGAGAGAAAUUUCCAACAUGUGCCUUCGAAGUCUGGAGAGUAUUGAUGUCAGUAUUCCAGAACAUGUGAGAAAUGUGCAAGAGUUCUUUCUCCUGAUGGCCAUAUGUAACACAGUUGUUGUCUCGUACUUACAUUCAGAUAACAUGGACGACAGUGGGUUUGUGCCCAACUUGGACAUGCCUAAAAGUGAUUUCAAACUUCCUCCAGCCCACAAUAAAAUUGUCUCUGGUACAGUUUCAUCUCUUUCAGUCUCUGACUGCAGUGACCAUAUGUCUGAAGGAAGUGUAACCGGCUCCUCAUUCCUGUCGGAUGGCUCACAAAAGAUGCACUAUGAAGCGGAGAGCCCGGAUGAACUGGCUCUUGUUAAAGCCGCAAAUACUUAUGGUUGUAAGCUUUUAAAGCGCUCUCCUGGCAAGGUUAAGGUAUUAUUGCCAGGACAAGCUGAGGAAGCCGAGUUUGAAGUAUUAAAUGUUCUCCCAUUCGAUGCCAACCGUAAAAGAAUGUCAGUCAUUGUGCGACACCCGACAUCUAGAGAAAUUAUUUUAUAUGUCAAGGGGGCAGACUCUUGUAUCAUGAAUGUGUUGCACAAAAAAUAUGAAGAAAAUGAAGAGUAUAAACAUCAACUUGAGUCCACAAAGGAAUAUCUUGAAAGCUACGCUCUACGAGGGCUUCGAACAUUGUGCAUGGCUAAAAGGGUAUUGCCUGAAAAAGAAUACUUAGAAUGGGCAGCAGAAUUUAAAAAAGCUGAAGAUAAUAUUGACAACAGAGAUGAGUUGGUGUCUCAAAGCUGUGCUGUCAUUGAGAGAGACUUAGAACUUUUGGGUGGUACUGGGAUAGAGGAUAAACUUCAAGAAGGUGUUCCACAAACCAUUGCAAAUCUUAGAAAAGCUGGAAUUAAAGUCUGGGUUCUGACUGGAGACAAGCAGGAAACUGCCAUACAGAUUGCCUACGCCUGUCAGCUGUUCUCUAGAGACCAACAUCUUCUGACUAUCAACGCCAACUCAAUAGAGGAAACACGAGAGAAGUUGGAUGAAGCUUUAGCUUUCCUUCGGAGUGAAGUUGCCCCGCCUACCGAUGAGAGGACAUUGUCACGCUCUAUGAUCUCUCUCCUAUCACGGUCCGCCACUUCUCUACGAUCAAUUAGACAUGGCAAUAAUGCACUAGUUAUUGAUGGACCAACCUUGAACUUUGCUACUAACCCUGAACUUGAAAAAAGAUUUUUGAAAAUCUGUAUGAACUGUCAGUCUGUUGUAUGCUGUAGAGCCACACCCAUACAAAAGGCCGUCCUUGUGAAACUAGUUCGUGACAAGCUGAAAAAGUUGACACUUUCUAUUGGUGAUGGUGCUAAUGACGUCAGUAUGAUACAGACAGCUGACAUUGGAGUCGGAAUCUCAGGACAGGAAGGGAUGCAGGCAGUAAUGGCUUCAGAUUUCGCUAUCUCUAAAUUUAAAUUUCUGGAACGUCUGCUGCUAGUUCACGGUCACUGGAAUCAUGAGAGAUUGGCCAGAUUUGCUGCCAUAAUGUUUUAUAAAAGCCUGUUGUCUGUCUUUGUUUUGUUCUGGUUUCAAUUCUUCAGUGGCUUCAGUGGUUCCCUAAUGAUUGACAGCCUGUACCUCACCAUGCAGCAUGUCAUCUUCACAGCAGCUCCACCCCUAGCGAUAGGAAUAUUUGACAAGGAUUUGUCGGCUGAAACGUUGCUGUCUGAACCAAUCUUGUAUAGGCCUGGUCAACGGGGCGAUUUAUACACGCAAUGGACAUUCCUGGUUGUGACAUUAGACAGUAUCUACCAGAGUUUAAUUAUAUAUUUCUUUCCGCAUUUGGCUUAUUUAAACAACAGUAUUGACAUCUGGGAGUUUGGGACAACAAUAGAUGUGUGCAUGAUCUUGUGUAUACUACUUCAUAUGUCUAUUGAAACCAAUUCUUGGGUAUGGAUACAAUGGGGCAGUGUGGUGCUAAGUUUUUUUUUAUUUUGGAGUUUCCUGUUAAUUUCUAACGCAGUGUUUUUUACAUUUGAUCAUCCUUCGAACCCUUACUGGGUGAUGGAGAACACGAUAGCGUCAGCUUCACACUCACUGAUUGUAGUCUUGACUUGUUUUGUCUCUCUUCUGCCAAGACUUGUCUUCAGAAGUCUUCAAAUCUCUCUCUGGCCCAAUGAAAUAGGUGUGGCCAGACAGAUUGAGAAACAGCGUGAACAGGAAACUGAGCAGGAAAGCAGCCACCCAACUGACACCGACUCCCAAACUACAGAUAACUCUUGCAUGACUUAUGCUGGUCCAAACCAGCAGUCUGUUUACCCGCCUCAUUACCCCCGACACAGCCACCCAGGAUUUAUCAACCGAGGAUUUCAAAAUGAUUGGAUACAAACGAUUGAGCUGAAACCACAACCCCAGCCAAACAGUCACAAGGCCGUGUAGCUUACAGUGUGGGCUAAGAAAGGGAGAUAAGGCUGUUCUAAGUUUGGAGAAGGUCAACAAACUCAAACAAAAUGUGACGUUAGAAUCAUAAGCCCGUUUUUGUGGCUUUUUCGCCAUAGCGAACUUCAGAAAGACAUGUUCGAUUGUAAUGUGAAUGUAAUAGAAGAAACAGUAUGUAAUUGAGUAAAAGAUUGAGGUUUUUUUUUUUGGUCAAGUGGGACAAUUUAUUGGAAAAAAAUAAACAAACUGUAAUUUACAUAGUGAAUAGGUCGAUAGUCUUAUUCACUUCUUCUUUGUCAUUAUGUCAAGAGGACCAAGCUCUCUUGGCAGACAAGCUUCAUUCCAUAUGUUAAAUAUAAUGACUGACAUGGUUUAGUCAAGGUCAAUAGCUUUGGAAGACCUCAACAUUGACCGGCGAUGUCUCUACCUGUGUGCAGUUUAGAUCAAUAGCCUGUUACCACAUCACAGGUCUGACGUCACUACCUGUGACUUGGCAACGAACUAUUGUUUAAAACUGUAAACUGGUUGCGACAUUCACAGGUUAGUGUUCAGGCUUUCUAUAACGAUUGGUCUCAGUUUAGCAUACUAUUCUUUAGUAAAUCUCUAAAUGUCAGUCCCAGGAGUACAUGUCAUGUGUCAUUGAGCACAAUGUUCAGAUCACGUUUUGUCCAGCUUUAUAUUAUUACUCUUGAAAACUCCACAGACUGCUGAUGUCAUGUUCAUGUCAUGUUUAUGUUCAAUGUUUUUUCCUGACAAUGCCUUGAAAUUUGUUGCAAACAAACUUGUUUUAUAUUUGUCUCUUACAAACAAAACUUUUAUACUUUUUUUGCACAUUCCAGCUUUGUAUACAGGUCAGUGAAACUGGUCUAGCACAGAAUAACAAAGAGAUACUAUUUAUUGGAUAACUUAUUUUAAUGUAUCUUUAUCUUAUCUUAUUUAUACAGACGUUACUUCAAAAAAGAAGAUGAUUACGUCCUACGCGUCAUGCAUUUAGUCAUGCAUGUUAACCAAUGACUAUAUACAUGGUAUGUUGGUCUAGGAAACUUUGGGUUAAGAGAAGAGGGGCAGCUACACCAUCCACCUCACGUUCUCCAAGGUUUGCUUAAUACCAACCAACUUGAUUCUUGAAUGUCUCUUUUUACAUUUGUUAAGCAAAGUCUGUGAUGUUCUGUAGAGGCAACAGGUCAUUCUUUUUAAUGUUUACCACUUUUUAUCAAAUGACACUUUCUAGUGAUAUCUGUACAGUUCUAUGUGCAAUGCUAAUUAUUUAAUUACUUCUCACAUUCUUAACUUUUUUUUGUCACAAAAUGUAUGGAAGAAAAUAUAAAAUUACCUUAUUACUAUCUCUUGAAUGAUCUUUCAAUUUAUUUUUAGAUUACACUUAUGGCUUUAUGUAUUGAUCAAAGUUGGUCGUAUGUUUGUGUAUUAAUCAAAGAUGGUCACAUGUUUGUUUAUUAUUGAUCAAAGUUGGUCAAAUGUUAAUUCUGCCAUUUCUCUUUUUGGCUCAAUCUAAAGUUGUAAAAAAAUUUGACAGUGAAAUUUUUGACACUAAAAUGAAAUGUUUCAGCAACUGUCUGGGAAAUGAAAUGUCAUAGAAUUGUUCCUAAGACUUUCAUGAAAUGUUGCAUGUCCAGCGUUUGAACCUCUUGAUGACUUUUGUCAAGUUAAAAUAGUUAAAACAAAUAGCUUGAUUGAUACAAUAAAUAUUUUCAACAAAUUAUUUCA